AUGGAACAGCUGCCUUCGCCUCCUCUCGCCUCCCCACCUGCUCUUGCCCCGCCUUCUGUCGUCGGCGUGGACGAAGGUGCUUUCGAAAAGGAGCUCUUCGGCCUCACCAGAGGCUUCCCAGGCAGCAAAAAGGGCCUCAAAGACUUCAUCCAGCGGAACCCUUCUCCUUCCGAGGCAAAGGCAAGGGCGGGCGGUGAGGAGAAAAUCGCGGUGUUGCUGGCACGGGCGAAGCCGAAGCUCCCCGAGCUUCCCCUUUUCCUGCCCAGGAUGAUCGUGAUUGUGAAGAACCCCAAGAACUCUUUCCACAUGUACAGUGGGAUCAUGCAGAGGGUCACCGACGAGAAGGCCGGUAUGCUCUUCGAAGCGGGGAAUUGCAUCUAUCAUUUAUGCUGCGGUUUUUCUUAG